UCACUGAAGCAUAGCACUUUUAUUGUCAAUAUAUCCAUUCAGAGGCAAAUUCUCAAUUGUUAAUGUAAUUAUGUAUUAGGGAUCCCGCUCUGGAAGUCAAUGUAUGACUUGUAAGGAAGAAGAAUUCGAUUUGUAUGAAAUAAAUUUGAACGCAGACUUAGGCCUACACAUCUAUCAAAUAUGGUUGGUAAAAGCAAGGAUAAAAAACAGGUCUCAGAGUGGGACAGCACAAAUGAAUUUGAGUUUGACGUUAUGGCUUCAUCGCUUGUAUACAAGCCUAAGCAAACACAGUCCACAGUCUUCGCAACGUCUAGCUCUGCUGAAUUUGCCGUACCGACGAUUCAUGAACGAACGAACACUCAGGCUACGAGACGAAGACGUAUACACAAUGAUGACCCGGGCUCGACGCGGGCUAUGGGGAAAAAUGAACUUUUGAUUCUGUCAUCGAAGCCUAUGUGGGCAUACCCACGAAGGGCGGCUCUGGUGAUGCUAUUUUUAACUUAUAUUAUUUUAUUUGCCGUAGCGGUCAGCAUGCUUGUUAAUACGCCACCAUGUCCAACAAAUAACAACUGGUACGAACUGGGAAUAGGGUACCAGAUUCUACCAAGAUCUUUCAGGGAUUCUAACGGAGAUGGAAUCGGAGAUAUCAACGGUAUAAAAGAGAAACUAAGUUAUUUGAAAGACAUUGGCGUGUCGAUCAUCUGGCUGGGAUCCGUAUCACAGACCCCCUACCAAGAUCUGGGGUACGAUGUGUCCAACUUCAUCGAGAUUGACCCUAUGAUCGGUACAUCCGAAGACUUCAAGAACCUCGUUGAUGAGAUUCACAAACAAGGUGCGUUUUACAUGUUAUCGUCAGAUGUGCUGCACUAUUGGUUAUCGCAGAACGUAGAUGGAUUUUUCUUACGUCAUGUUAACUCGAUUUUUGAAUCUAAUGAGUUAAAUCGAGACGAGCCCGUCAACCCGAUAUACUACACCUACGACAAUGAAACACAGAUACUUAAAAGCUAUGAAGAGCUGUCACACAUUUAUACCCGAGAUCAACAGGAAGUCUACCAGCUACUGAAGACGUGGAGGAGCGUAAUGCAAGAAUACGAAACGAUGGCAGGAGAUGGCGAGAGUGUUCGCAAACUUUUGGUCGUUGAUGUAAACGGUAGCAACCUGACUGAAACACUGAAGUACUCAACAGAAGGAAUGGCCGACUACGCCUUCAAUUACGCCCUCUAUGGAUCAUUAAGUGGAACGGUCUUGGCUUCAAAAAUAGAGGAAUGGCUGAGAGUAAAACCAGAAGGUUCAAUUACAAGUUGGUCGAUUGGAUCAGCUGAUAAUCAUCGAAUCAUGUCGCGAUAUAAUUACAUAUCCAAGGCGAUGAUGACCCUGUUGUUAACACUUCCCGGGUCAGCUGUCUUGUAUUACGGGGACGAAAUCGGUAUGACGGACAUCCCAGUGACACAUACUAUUUCAAGGGAUCCAAAAAUUUUCGAAAUUAACGAAACGUACGACAACCUUAUUAAUAACAUAUCGCGAGAUGCUGCGAGGUCACCGAUGCAGUGGUCAAGCAAUAUUAAUGCAGGGUUCUCGGAUGCCAAUUCAGAAAAUCUAUGGCUACCAAUCAAUAGUAAUUACAUUGAUGUUAACGCUGAGGUGCGGAACCUGACGUAUUUAAAAUGUCUUCGAGACCUGGUGUCAUUGCGUGGCAAACGAACGUUCAAAACUGAUCAACUGAGGAUACUACGCGCACAGAAAGACGUGCUUACGUACGCACGAGAACUUAUUGGUUACCCCACGUACUUCGUGGCAAUAAACCUAGCAGAUUUCAAAAUCUUAGAUCGGUAUUAUCUCCACAACACUGAUCUGUAUGGAGUUUCGGAGAUUGGUACGGUUGUAUUUAACACAAAUGGGGAGAUAGGAAAUUCAGUGGAUAUACGUAAUUUAACGCUUGAAGCUGACCAAGCAUUAAUUGUGGAAUUCACUAAAUGAUUCAAGAUUCCAUUUAUCGUCAUAUAUACAAGCAAAGUACAUGAAAUUUGCUUUUCAGAGCGAGGAAUACACAAAAAUAUACACACAAAUGAUGAUAAAUUUGUUGAAAUAUUGUUUUCAUUUAAUAUUAGGACAAUCACUUAUUUUGAUCAGUCUAACAGUAUUCGGACGAAUUUGAAAAAAAAAUAGGUCAUGUAGAGUUAUUUAUAAAUCAACAACUCAACAUAAUUUUGAUGCAACAUUGUACCUCUAUUGUCUUUUUACACAAGUCAAUAUUUGAUGGAUUAUAAGAGGGUUAUAUGGGGGUGUAUUGGAACGUCCCUACUUCAUGAUGCAUAGUUUGGUGAGGUACCGGUAGGGAUUUUAGGGUAAUUACUUUAUUGUUCUCCUAGUGUAGCAGAGGCAAUGCCGUAGCCAGCUAUUGGGACAGUUGCGACAGUCCACCACAAUUUUUCUAAUGGUUCCAUAAAAAAUGGGUCCACAUUUAAAAAAAAUUAGUCCAAAAUAUGCAGUUUUAUACGUAAAAGAGUCCACUUUUUACAAAAAUGGUUCCAUAUUUCUCAUAUUUAGCCUAAAAUGGGGAAACUUUUAAGAAAAUGUGUCCAGAUUUUUCAUAUUUUUUCGUAAAUUGGGUCAACUUUUAUGAAAAUGGGUCCACAUUAUUUGAAUUUAAAUGGGUCCACCCUGACAUUGUCCCGCACUGUUUGAAAAAUCCUACGGCUUGUGCAGAGGGUACCGUACAUUGCUUGGUGGGUAUGCCGGUCGUUUGACCAAGGGAAGUGACAUCCCUCAGGAUACAGUGUUAUCACCUAUUGUACUUACUUUAUGCAAGUCACACGUAGGGCCUACAGUAUUAUCAUAAAAAAUUGUAUUUUUGUAAACGUCUAAUCAUGUUUCAGCUGAAAUUGCCUAUUCAAAGCUAUAAAUUGAAACGAAUAGGCUAGGCCUAUAUGAAAUAUUUGUAAAUAAGCAAUGCCUUCAAUAUGCAAUGAUUUAGAAUGGGUCUGCAGACGUUAAUAAUUUUGUGUUGGAAUGAAGCAAAAUGACAAAUUAUGUCUUUAAUUAAAAUGUUCCCAACAUAAA